AUGUCUUCGCAAGUCACUUUCGUGUACCAACAGGGUCAGGCCAUGUCCCUCAUUGCCAUCGUUUUGUUUGCCUUCAUCUCGCUGCUGGCCAUCUUUGGCGUGCUCGCGCGUUACUCCUGGGAUCCGCUUGUGAACCUCGCGAAGCGGCGCCGCCAGGGCGCGAGCGAGCACCACUCGCGCGCGUUCUUCCACACGCAGCUGGGGGCGUACAUUGCGUCUCUGAUGCUCAGCAACGCGCUCAGCAGCAUCUCGAUGAUCAUCAACGUGCAAUGGGCGGCGGAUCAGAGGGUUACGGAGGGCAUGUUGUGCAACUCACAAGGGAUUCUCAUGCAGAUUGGGGAUGCGGGAGGAGCGUACUUUACGGGGGCGAUUGCGAUCCACACCUUCAACACGUUGGUGCUUCGCAACAAGCUGCCAGCCUGGACAUGCCUGGCUGCGAGCAUCUGGGGUUGGCUAUUUGCCGUCCUGUUGGCUGCUACGCCGACAUGGAUCAACAACCCCGUCCUGGGGCCGAUAUACGGUAUCAACGGUCUGUCUUGCGGAAUCGCAAUCAGGUGGUCUCUCCUCAACAUGGUGCUCCACUUGCUGCCAAUUCUGCUCGGCUCGCUGGUUUCGGUCGUCAUGUUCACGCUGGUCUUCCUCGUACUGCGGGGAACGAUCACGAUGCAGAACGGUAUCAAGUUCAACCUCAACCGCCAACACCGGUGGAGCACGUCUAGUAUCACUACGAUCGAGUACCAGCGGUUUAUCGCUGCGGUUGCGAGGAGCAUGCUGUGGUAUCCUUUUGCCUUCAACAUCCUGCUGCUUCCUGAGAUCGUAGUAGGCCUGAUGGAAUCCGCGGGGCUCGGUGUGCCAUUUGAGGCACUGGUAUUCGCGAGCACUCUGGCUGCACUCCUUGGUGCUGCGAACUCGCUUAUCCUGUGCAACACCCUUCGCAUUCUCAGGCCCUUCCUCGAGGGAAACCUGACUAUCCCGUCGCGCAAGAGCAAGGAUGCUGACAUGGAGAGCUUCUUCGCGGGUGUCAAGUCGCCUCGUGGCUUCACCUCGCCGUCCCCCACUACACCGACCAACCCCGAGAAGGCGUUCAUCGCUCGGGACAGCAAGCAGGAGUGGACGCCCCCGCCGCGCUCCGCGUCCAAGCCGGAGCACCGUAUGAACGUCGGCGAGAGCGUGUCACGCAACCUCAGCCGUGUCAGCCGCGCCAUCUCGCUCAAGCGCAAGCCUAUGCCGAGCCCGCCUUCAUUGCCCUCGGCGUCGCUCUCGCGUCCCAUCACCCCGGUCGCGGAGCUGAACGCGAUGAUCACGGUGCCCGAGCCUGCGUACAGGAAAGCCACCCUUCCGAGCAGCCCCCGCGACGCGCCUGUCCAGAUUGGUCUGCCCGCGCCCCGCCGGGACACGCGCUCCCCUGUGGUCAGACGUCCUACGCUCUCGCUUACCGCCGACGAUGAGGCAAUGAUGACGACGAUUAACCUGAACACGCCGGAGCCCAAGAGCCAGGUCAAGAGCGACAACGAGAGCGACGGCACGGAGACGCGCCACACCUCUGCCAACGAGUCGCUCCUGUCCAUGUACCUGUCGCGCACGCCUGAGCAGGAGGAGAUGGCGAAGCCGCCCGUGCCCCCGAAGGACCGCGCGGCGCCCAAGGCGAAGCCCCAGCCCAUGCCGCUCUCCGCCCGCCCGUCGCUCAACCAGUCCUCGCUCGCGCCGUCGCCGCUCGCCACGCUCCGCUCCGCGCGCAUCCCCGCACCGUACGCGCCGAGCAAGGAGGCGUUCGCCAAUGCCGAGUGGGCCGAGCGCGUCGCGAAGGCCGCCACGAGCCGCCGUGGCGCGACCCCGGCGACGGCGACGACGCGCAUGGAGCGCCGCAGGUCGCGCUCCCUCGACCUCGACGUCGCGUCCCUCGCGCCGCGCACCCCCAUGGGCCUCGCCGCGCGCACGCCGACAUACGGCAGCACCCUCGCGCCCACCACGCCUCAGCGCGGCCCGAGCCUGUCGGCCGUCUCCCCGGCGCGCAGCCCGCUCUCUGCGCGGCGCAUGCCGCCCAGCCGCGCGGGCUCGCUGACCCCCACGCCUGCUGCCUACGGCGGCUACCUGUGAACGACUCCCUCUGAUACGACAUGACCUCGCUUCUUGCUCACGACCCUCGACACGACCUGCGCGCCCGGGCCCCCAUGGCCAUGCUGCUGGAUCCCAGUGAUCACGCAUCAUGGGGUGGCCCCUGCUACCUCCCCUACCCGGAAGGGCUGCAGUCCCUCUCCCCGCCAUCCUACCCGCCGCCCUCGACCGACCCAGCCCAGGCCCAGCCAAGCGCUGUGCCCUGUUCCGUGCGGACGAUGUGUGCUCACAGACACUGUUUCGGACCCGUGCGUACAUACCCGCUCCCAGUCGCGUUGUGCCGCCCUUCCAUGAUGAGCUUCAAGUUUGCGGGCGCCCGGCUUGGCCGGCCGGAUGCGCUCGGUUUCUGUAAUGUGAUAGCUGGCCUGUGCGUUAUGGACUUGGAGGACCGCGGCGCAAUGAGCGCGCCACCGCGCAUAUA